AUGACUCCUCGCAUUCAACAUCCAGCUCCAUCCUUUUCCAAGACUGCCUUGCUUCCAGAUGGAUCUUUCGGAACCAUCAACUUGAACGACUACAAAGGCAAAUAUGUUGUCUUGUUCUUCUAUCCUCUUGAUUUCACUUUCUCAUUGGUGUCUCAGUGGACAGUGAAUUCACUCUAUCUUGCAUGGACUCAAACUCCAAGAAAUCAAGGAGGUUUAGGCUCUCUCAACAUUCCUCUCAUCUCCGAUUUGGAUCAAUCCCUUUCGGCUACGUAUGGUGUAUUGAUGGAGGAUGGAACUGCUGUUCGUGGAACCUUUCUCAUUGAUGAUCAACAAGUGUUGAGACAAAUUACAGUGAAUGAUAUGGAUGUGGGUCGUAAUGUGGAUGAAAUUUUGAGAUUGGUUCAAGCCUUUCAAUUUGUAGCUCAGCAUGGAGAGAAAGAGAAGUCAACCAACAAAAAAAGUAAAAAAAAAUUAAAAAAUCGAAUAUUAUUGCCAUUUGAUCCGCAACAAGACAACAUGAUCAGCGAUGAAGAAUUCAGAAGGCUCAUCGGAGUCGGUACCUCUUCAAAGCCAUCAUCAGCAUCAACCACCACAAGUACAACGGUUUCCUUUCCAAAAACCUCCACAUUACCUCCGACACAGCACUCAUCCAAAAGCCAAACUCAAGACUCGUUAUUAACUGCCUUGUUGAAUGAAGAAGAGCCAGCAGAAAUUCCUCGUGAUGAUAUUAAGAACCCUUUCGUGGUUCGAUCAACAACAACUCCUCACAACUCCUCAAAGAAGAAUGAAGAGGACGUUCUCGAUUUGACGCAAAUUGAUACUUCAAUGUUGAGGGAGGCUUUUGAUGAUUUGACUCAGAUCGAUCAGGAGGAUGAAGUAUUGAUAUCCUCUCCACCAAUCUCAACUCCGAAGAAGAAUUUGAACAGAUCUGCUGUGUUACCACCAACACCUCCACAAUUUGUUACACCUUCUGUCGUGAAACAAGCUAUUGAUAACAUUAAUUCUUUGAAAAGUGACAAUUUAAAAUUAUUUGUUGAAUCGUCUUCAAUACGGGAAGAGAAAGCAGCUGCUGCAACCGAGGAAGAAGGAAAAGUGAAGAUGAGGAUAAAAAAGAGAGACACCACCACCGAUGACGAGGAAGAUGAAAAUUACACGAAGGACACAAGUACGCCAAAGAAGAGAAAAUCUCCAACAAAAUCAAAAAGCACAACUCCUAAAAAGAAAAAAGUUGGAGGAUGGGUCAUGGAUUUGGACGAGGAAAAAGAAUGGGAUGAAAAAUCUAAGAAAGCUAUCGAGGAAAUGCGAAAACGAUUUGAAAGUGUGGAUAAGGUUAAGUUGAAGACUUCGAGCCCUUUAGCGGAUCAGGAAGAAAUUCAUUUGACAGAGCUUGUUCAAUAA